AUGCGUUCACUCAUUUUUGGAAUCUUUCUUGGACUUUUUGAGUUAAUAGGCGCAAUUCUGCCGGGUAACUGCACAAAAUGCGACGCGUACAAAUGCUUUGAGGAGAAAUUGAGUUGUGGACCAAAGGGAUAUUUCACCGCGUUCGGCUAUCCAAAUUGUCGUCGAUUCAAUGAGGACGUGGCUAUCGCUCGGCUGUCACCUACGGGAAAGUUGUGGGCAAACUGUACAACGAAUUGCUUGCUAGAUGCUAUCGAAGGGAUCUUUAUGACAGCACCAGCCACAACGUGUGAUCAGAUGAAGUUGUUGGCUUUCGACUCGCAUGUUCGCUGCUAUGUUCAAUGUGGAUUUUGUGAUGUGUGCAAGACGGACAAAUGGGCCCUGGCAAGGACGUAUAAUUAUUGUGACUUCUUCUCAGUUGCCGUCCUGAAACAAGUGACCGCCAUUGUGAAAACCUGUGGAUUAUUUUCGUGUUUUACUUGG